UGCUUGGUCCAUACUUAAGUAUUGAUCAAACUAUAGAGGAGAUUAAUAAGUGUAAGGGAAGGAUUGAAUUGACAGAAAAAAUUCAAUUGCUUAAGAGAAUGGAGCCACGUUUUCUAGCAAUUUUUUUGGUAGCUCUUUCAUUUCCACUCUUUGUUCAGUCCUUGGUGCGUCAUUACAAUUUUAGUGUGGUACUGAAGAAUGAAACAAAGCUUUGCUCAACAAAAUCUUUUGUCUCAGUCAAUGGAAAAUUCCCAGGCCCAACUCUGUAUGCAAGGGAAGAUGACACUCUAAUAGUAAGGGUCACUAACCUUGUUCAACACAAUGUUACAAUCCAUUGGCAUGGAAUCAAACAACUUAGGACUUGUUGGUCUGAUGGGCCGGCAUAUGUCACACAAUGCCCUAUUCAGACAGGACAAAGCUUUGUUUACAACUUUACCAUUACAGGUCAAAGAGGCACACUUCUAUGGCAUGCACAUAUCACUUGGCUAAGGGCUACAAUGCAUGGUGCUAUUGUCAUUUUGCCUAAAAGAGGCACUCCUUAUCCAUUUCCUAAACCUGACAAAGAAAAGAUAAUCAUUCUAGGUGAAUGGUGGAAAUCAGAUGUUGAAGCUGUGGUUAAUCAGGCCACAAGUUCUGGUAUGCCACCAAAUAUAUCAGAUGCUCAUACCAUCAACGGUCAUCCAGGACCGGUUCCCGGUUGCAUUUCUCAGGGUUACACACUACAUGUUGAAAGCGGCAAGACCUAUCUCCUACGCAUUAUAAACGCAGCUUUAAACGACGAACUAUUCUUCAAAAUUGCAGGCCAUAAACUAAUAGUUGUUGAAGCAGAUGCAUCAUACCUUAAACCUUUCGAAAUCGACACAAUAUUUCUAAGUCCAGGCCAAACCACAAAUGUUCUUCUAACUGCAAACCAACCUAUUGGCAAAUACUUAAUAGCAAUAACACCUUUCAUGGAUGCACCUAUUGGCUUUGACAAUCUUUCUUCGAUUGCUACGCUUCGUUACAAAGGAAUACCACCUUAUACUAAAACAAUUUUAACAAACAUUCCUCCACUUAAUGCAACUCCAAUAACAAAAACUUUCACUGAUUCUCUUAGAAGCCUUAAUUCUAAGACCUACCCUACAAGAGUUUCACUAACCAUUGAUCACUCUCUUUUAUUUGCAAUAACUGUUGGACUUAAUCCAUGUGAUACAUGCAUAACUGAUAACAAGCUUGUGUCUGCUAUAAACAAUAUCACAUUUUUAAUGCCUACUGUAUCACUUCUUCAAGCAAAUUACUAUAAUAUCAAAGGUGUUUUCACUGAUGAUUUUCCUUCUAAACCACCUAUGGUUUUCGAUUAUACCGGCACGGAUCAGCCGGCUAAUCUUCACACUGAUAAUGGUACAAAGGUUUAUAGAUUGAAUUUUAAUUCAAGUGUUCAAAUUGUUCUUCAAGGCACUGCAAUGAUAGCACCAGAAAAUCAUCCAUUUCAUUUGCAUGGGUUCAAUUUCUUUGUUGUUGGACAAGGAUUAGGGAAUUUUGAUCCUGAAAAGGAUCCUUUAAGGUUUAAUCUUGUUGACCCUAUUGAAAGAAACACAUUGUCAGUGCCAAAUAAUGGAUGGAUUGCAAUCAGAUUCAGGGCAGAUAACCCAGGUGUUUGGUUCCUGCAUUGUCAUUUAGAAGUACACACCACAUGGGGACUUAAAAUGGCAUUCAUAGUAGACAAUGGAAGAGGCCCCAGUGAAUCCAUACUUCCACCACCAAAAGAUCUUCCAAUAUGCUAGAGUUUUGUGAUGAAAAAGAUUUUAUAUGUUUGUUAUUUUGGAAACAAGGAGAGUGUAGAGUACACUAGAGAAAUGAUUUCAGGAGUGAUGAAGAAACAUCAAAUUGUUUGUGGUAAUUUGUAUUUGUUUGAGGAAUCAAUAAAAAAUUUGCUCCACAUAUGUAGCAAUUUAAGUUCUUUUUU